UGGUUCCCAGCACCACCUGGGGGAGGCUGUGUUGUCCUUCUGAGCAUUAUCCCUUGGACUGGAUUUUAGACUUUUGAAAAAAUCUUAAGCUCAGUUACCCUUUAUAUCUUGUUUAUUCUCAAUCUUCUUUCUUAUGUGCUUUGGGUGAGGUAGCGGGCAUGUGGUUUGCAUGUACCAUAGAGGUGGAUGUCUUGGCUUGGUAUAUCUUGCAAUGUGGUAGCUCUUAUUUGCCACCUCUGGGGUUUAAAGAUCUUCUUAAACUUAACCAAGUUGUUUUUAUGCCCAUAACUUUCACUGUGUUCUCUCAGUCUUUCACGGGUAAAAUGAAAGGCAUGGGGAAUACUCCUGUCUUGGCAAAUUCAGAGAUCAUGUCAUAGGAUGCAUUUGAUCCUCAGCUCCCACUCAUGUAUUUACUGGGCUUGGUGGUGUCUGAGCCUGAGAUCUUUGGGUUCCCAGCUCCAAAUCCCAAGUUGAAUGUUUCUGCUGUCCAUGUUAAUACUUUCCUGAAAUCUUCUUGAUGAUGUUUGAAAAAACACUUAAUUCUUGCACCACAGCGUCCAUGCGAUGCUAUCUGUGGCUUGGAUUACGUAUGUGUCCUCUGAACUGGGGGCAGGCAGAGACUUGCCUGGUUUCACUGUGAUAUCCUGGACUUCAGGGCUCUUGGCUUCUCGUGGUGGGAGUAAAAAUGACUCAUGACCUUGAGGCAGAGAAUGGAGGCAAAGGAUUGCUUCUUUCCACCAGCUCUCAGAGACCAUUUUUGCCCUGAGAAAAUCCUGGCCUCCUGUUCAAAGGCUCGAGGUGCUCUGAAGAGGUCCUUUCACUGUCUCAACGUAGGACCUUCUGACUGCCCAUUGAUACUGCUUCCCUCGGGUGUGCUGCUCCUGCUGACGCUGUACACUGAAGGCCUGCUGUCUAAAGGAGGCAGCCACUACCAACUCUAGCUGACUGCCCAUGUAGGCCCAGUGUUGCUAGAUAUUCCCAUUUUUUGCAAGAAGCUGGAAAUCCAGAUUUAAGAUGUCUUUCUCUUUUAAAGACGUUGGCAACUAAUUUAAAUGAAAAAAAAAAAUACUGUGUGACCCACAUGAUACACACCUUCAGGCCAAACCUGGUCCACAGACCUCUAAUCUGCAGCCUCCAGUCUAUACUCGACCCCUCUGUGGCUGGAAUAGCGCUAGGGAGACUGAAAGAAACCCAAACCCAACCAGCAUAGCCCAACUCUGUGCUUCCAUGGGCUCCAAACCCCACUGAGCUGUCUCUCCCACCAGCUGCUCUCCUGACCAGUGUUGGCCUCCCUCCAGGAGCCCAGGAGGGAGGGAGUUAGUUCUCCACCCAACUCAUGAGCCACACACCCCCAAGCCUGGCUUCGCCCGGCCUCUGCUAAGCACUGAUCUCUCAGCUCCAUCUGUUUUCUUCUAUAUAUUAACCCAUCCAGUCUCUAGAAAGAGAGAGCAUGAAGACCCUUGGAGUAGACAGGAAAACCAGAACCAAACAGAAUCAGCACGCAGCAGAAACAAUCUUCAGUGCCAAAAAGUAGACAAGAUGCAAACCUUCUUGUGAGGACACAACUCAGCUUUUGGGAAGCCUCGAAGGACACCAGAUUGCCAGUCUGGCUCCGGUCCUCUGUCAUUGGCCAGUAACUCCCUGGGUUAUGUUCCACACUUAAAAAUGGAGGAGCUGCUAAGUCGUACAUCUCUUGAGACCCAGAAGCUUGAUCUGAUGACUGAAGUGUCUGAGCUGAAGCUCAAGCUAGUUGGCAUGGAGAAGGAACAGAGAGAGCAGGAGGAGAAGCAGAGAAAGGCAGAGUCGGUUCUGAAUGUGAUCAGUGAGCUGCAGGAGCAGAUGUGUAGGCUGCAGCUGGACAUCCACAGGCAGAUUCAAGAGCGCUUCUUACUCAGUAGGGACAACCCUGAGGAGGUGGUGGCCGGUGAUGGUGCGGCCGAGCCCCAGCCCUGCAGCCAGGACAAUGCCUGUGGGGAGGGGUCACCUGAGUUACUGCAAGAGCUCAGGCACCUCAAAAUCAAGGUGGAAGAGUUGGAAAAUGAACGGAAUCAGUAUGAGUGGAAGCUGAAGGCCACUAAGGCUGAGGUAGCCCAGCUUCAAGAGCAGGUGGCCCUGAAGGAUGCAGAAAUUGAGCGUCUGCACAGCCAGCUCUCCCGGACUGCAGCUCUCCACAGCAACCAUGCAGAAAAAGACCAAGAAAUUCAACGUCUGAAAAUGGGAAUGGAAACUUUGCUUGUUGCCAAUGAAGAUAAGGACCGUCGGAUAGAGGAACUUACAGGGCUGUUAAACCAGUACCGAAGGGUGAAGGAGAUUGUGAUGGUAACUCAAGGGCCUUCAGAAAGAACUCUCUCAAUCAAUGAGGAAGAACUGGAAGGAAGUUUCAGAAAGUGGAACACUGCAAAUAAAGGCCCUGAAGACUUAUUUAAGCCAGAGAUGCCUCCGAGAUGUAGUUCUCCCACAGUGGGGCCACCUCCACUACCGCAGAAAUCACUGGAAACCAGGGCUCAGAAAAAACUCUCUUGUAGUCUAGAAGACCUGAGAAGUGAAUCUGUGGAUAAGUCUGUCGAUGGGAACCAACUCUCCCCAGUGGUAGAACCCAAGGACAGUCCUUUCCUGGUAGAGCAAAAAUACCCCACAUUACCUGGGAAGCUUUCAGGAGCCACGCCCAAUGGAGAGGCUGCCAAAUCUACUUCUACUGCCUCCCAGCCUGACCCGGCAGGGAGCAGCCUGCCGAAGCUGAAUCGCGGCCGGAGUGUCAGUGCCCCUGUAUUAGGAGACACAGAAAGUGGUUGGGACGACACUGCCAUGGCCAAUGACCUCUCAUCCACGUCAUCUGGUACUGAGUCGGGCCCCCAGUCUCCCCUGACACCAGAUGGUAAACGGAGUCCCAAAGGCAUCAAGAAAUUCUGGGGAAAAAUCCGAAGAACUCAGUCAGGAAAUUUCAACACUGAUGCACCCGGGAUGGCAGAGUUUCGACGAGGUGGCCUCCGGGCAACCGCAGGGCCGCGACUCUCUAGGACCAGAGACUCCAAGGGUCAGAAAAGUGACGCCAAUGCCCCCUUCGCCCAGUGGAGCACAGAGCGGGUGUGCGCAUGGCUGGAGGACUUCGGCCUGGGUCAGUAUGUGAUCUUUGCCAGGCAGUGGGUGACUUCUGGCCACAUUUUACUGACAGCUACCCCUCAGGAUAUGGAAAAGGAGCUAGGAAUCAAGCACCCUCUUCACAGGAAGAAGCUGGUUUUAGCAGUGAAAGCCAUCAACACCAAGCAGGAGGAGAAGUCUGCACUGCUAGACCACAUUUGGGUGACACGUUGGCUCGAUGAUAUUGGCUUACCCCAGUACAAAGACCAAUUUCAUGAAUCCAGAGUUGAUGGACGAAUGCUGCAAUACUUAACUGUGAAUGAUUUACUCUUUUUAAAAGUCACCAGCCAACUACAUCAUCUCAGCAUCAAAUGUGCCAUUCAUGUGCUCCAUGUCAACAAGUUCAACCCCCACUGCUUGCACCGGAGGCCAGCUGAUGAGAGUAACCUUUCUCCUUCAGAAGUUGUGCAGUGGUCCAACCACAGGGUGAUGGAGUGGUUGCGAUCCGUGGACCUGGCGGAGUAUGCGCCCAACCUUCGUGGGAGUGGUGUCCACGGAGGUCUCAUUAUCUUGGAGCCACGCUUCACUGGGGACACCUUGGCUAUGCUUCUCAAUAUCCCACCACAAAAGACGCUCCUCAGGCGCCACCUAACCACCAAAUUCAAUGCCCUGAUUGGUCCUGAGGCUGAACAGGAAAAGCGUGAGAAAAUGACCUCACCAGCUUACACACCACUGACCACCACAGCCAAAGUCCGGCCAAGGAAACUAGGAUUUUCACAUUUUGGAAAUAUAAGAAAAAAGAAGUUCGAUGAAUCGACGGACUACAUCUGCCCAAUGGAGCCCAGUGACAGUACUGGUGACAGUCACAGGGUCUACAGUGGCUACCGGGGCCUCAGCCCCCUUGAUGCCCCUGAACUGGAUGGGCUGGACCAGAUGGCUCCUUCAGAAGGCACUGUGACGCAGAUAGGGCUCCUCUCCCAAGACAUUCACCGUCUCACGACUAUGCUGAGCCAGGACCAGCUGCUGAAUGACUCUCGCCUGGUUGCUCCCAACUGUGAGGACUGGAGAUGACUUUCUUCAUGGCUGAGAGCCCAGACAGGCACGUGUGGGGGCCUUGAGCCUUUGCUUCAAUGGGGAACUGGAACACAGCCACCUCCAGAGCCCAGACUGUGGCUGGCAGGGCAUGUGGGACAUGGGUGUUGGCAGGAGUGAAGCGGGGCUGUGGAACAGACGUCCAGGAGGGGGCCCCAGUGUCCCUAUGUGUUUUCAACCGUGCUGUGCUCCUCACCACAGCUUUUAUACCUUUUGUACUUUCAUACGUGGAUUGCAGACCACUCUUGUGGGAAGGGCAAUGUGACAUCAGCACAGACUCAAUGGCUUGUGCUGUUCCUGGUAACAGCUGCAAGGCUCUUACACCAAAGGGGAAGGGCUAGUAGUUCAUAAAAGCUCUGCUGGAAGAAGGUUCUGAGAAAAUGUUCUGUAGUGACUGAACUGGGUGGAAUGAUACUAGGGAGCCCCUCCUGUGCUGCUUCCAUACAGAAGCACAUAUUUCCCAAGUGCACAGGAACCUGGCUGAGGUGAGGGUGUUUAGGGUGAGAGGAGGGAAGGAGCAGUGAGACUCCUUCCCACUGUCCUGGCUGCCCUGAGUCUACCCUCCUCUACAGUGGGUGUCUCCGGGUCCUCAGUGCUGUAGGCCUCCAGCAUCUGAGCAGAGGCGUCUCCAGCAAACACACACUCAGGGCCUUCUCCUUCCCCCAUAGCUGACACAUGGAGAACAGUCUCCAAAGCCUUCCCUGCAUCAGCCUCAGAUGAUCAAACAGCUCCCCCUUGUGGAAGGCCCUUGGGCAACCCAAGUCAACAUUUCCACCACAACUCACCAUCUCCCAGACAAGCCUGGUACCUCCCUCAGGGAGGUUCGCCCACACAGUCCCCUCUCAACCAGUCUUCCCCCUUAGUGACCAGCCCCUUCCUCUUCCUCCCUGUGAAGGCUCUGGCCCUAGGCCUCAUCUGAUUUCCACAGCUGGUCUCCUCCAGACAAAGUACCCCAUCCCCAAAGUUGACCUUCCCAAAGCACUGUUUUAAUCCUGUUAGCUUUCUGCUGAGAACUCCUCAGUUCCAUAAUUACCAGAGUAGAGUUCAAAACUUUAGUCAGCACCUGAGGCUUUCUGACUCUUCAGGCUUCAUGAACCUGCACUCCAGCCUGUGCUCCUGCUUUUCCCUCACUAUGGGAUGUCUUUUCCUCCUCGUCUCUGUCACAAGGCCAAAUCCUGUCUGUCGAGGCCCAGAAAAGACAUACCUUCUCAGGAAGCCUUCACUGGUGUUUCAUUUGCAGGUCUGUGUCCUACAGUGCCAUUUGCCCUUGAGCCCGAGCUCACCUCGAAGUAAUGUGUCGUCUUUCUCCCAUACCAUAUGCACCUUCAAUGCACACUCAGCAAGCACCUGCCACAAGUGGGCUCCUAUACAGAUAGGAGUAAGACACAAUACUGGUCCCCAUGCUGCUAUGUUCCCAGCCACUCACUCCGUCAAAUGCGCAGGUUAAGUAUGUUCCAUGCUGGGCUAAGGAGGGCUAGAGAUAUCGGCACGAUGCCAAGAAACACAGUUGGUGAUGGUCUAGUGGGGGAGACAAGAGUGCGCUGAACGUUACAGAUGCUCCGUAGAAGUCUCCACAGCUCAAAACAGCAAGUUGUCAUUUUUAAUGGAGGGCUGGGGGCGGAGACUGAAAAGGCUUCAGUGAUGAGGUGAUACUUGCAUUUGAAAGAUGAAUCAGGUUCCCCAAGGGUGCCGGGGGGAAAGGCACUCCAGGAGGCAGACCUGAAACAUCCCGGCACAUCCUAGGAAGUGCCCAAAGUGGUGUGAUUGGACCGAAGUUUCUCAACCUCAGCACUGUUGUCAUUUGGGCUGGAUAAUUUAUGGUGGUGGGGGCUGUUCAUGGGCUGUAGGACAUUUAGCAGCAUCUUUGGCCUCUCCCUCUAGAUGCCAAUAGCACCCAUCCUCUAGCUGUGACAACCAAAAAUGUCUCCAGACUUUGCCAGUUGUUCCUGGGAGGGGCAAAAUCACCUUGAGUUGAGAAGCAUGGGGCCAGAGAAUAGGGUCAGAGUGGGAGGCUCGGAGAAGGGAAAAAUCUAGUGAGGUCAACUGUAGCCAGAUCAAGAAGUGCCUUGUAAACCAGGCUCCUGGAAUUUGUCCUGGAGACAUGGGCGGUCGGUCAGGUGGGGACCAGGGUGAAAAGCAGUGAGAGGGAAUAAGCAUGGUAAGAUUUGUGUUUAUGAAAAAUAUCUGAGGAUUAAGGUCUUACUUUGUGUGCGGUGCCCAGCAGAGCCUCUUUCUCCAAGUAGGGGAUUCACUGAGGAUGAGCUCACCAGCAGAUGGAUGGCGGCUAGCCGCCUCCCAGCACCCCCACUCUGCUGGCCCUCUGUGAGGCCAUCCCUGGUUUGGCAUCCUGUGGACACUGUACGGCUGUAAGUCAGAGAGUUCUCUAGAGCCAUGUUCUUCUCUCUCUCCUGUACCCUGCCCCCCCCCCCCCCCCCCAGACAUACACGUUUAGAGAGAGAUCCAAGCAAUGCUGCUACUAUGCCAGUUUUUGUGAAAAGGGAAUGACUUGGAAUUAAGCAGGCCCAGGUCUGCUACCUACCGGCUGAAUGACUUGGGGACAGUAACUUCAUCUCUGACCCUCAGUUUCCUCAUCUAUAACUUGCAGAACAAAAUCCCCACAGAAUCCCUGGUUUCUGAGAAUUAUAUGAAAUAAACCACAAAAGUGUAAAAGCGGUUCUACCUACUCACAGGUAACACAGAGCGGCAGCGUAUCAUCCUGGCCAAGAACGGCAGAGGCGAUAGUGGUUACCUGUAUCACUCGGGUUUAGUGGUAUGAAGGAUUUAAUGAAUAGCUUCUGGGACCUAGUUCUGUUUGCAAGUUCAGAAGCUUCUGUACAUAUCCACCCCUACCCUGGCAUACCAGAAUGGGGCCUGGCAUUUAGAGGAUGCUGAAAACAAACACAAAAAAUGUGCCCCUUGCCUCCAUUUGUUGUGCAAGGUACAGGGAGUCUAGGAUUCUUGAAGCCCAACUACCCUAUGGCUUUACUACUGCCCUGAUGUGUGUGUUUUCAACACCAUUCCCAUUUCAAGGGCCUCCCACAAGAGAAGGAAGAGCGCACGUGGAGGGUGCCUAAGCCUUCUAGUAGGCUUAAAAACAGAACACUCUGGAGAGCGAGGUUCAAGAGAGAUUACUGGGAGUU